AUGGUGGCUACUUCAUCACCAGUCGGCGGCCUUCCCGGCUCGUCUCGCCAGCUCGCCACUCCUGCUUCAGCAGCCCUGACUCUCGGCACCGGGCCCUUCGAAGGCCUUCCCACCGGCUUCGAGAUUCGCGACACCCUUGGCGGCUCCAAAGCUGCCGCUCCGUAUGCCGUCUUCACCAAGGACCUCGAGAUCUCUGCUCAGGACGACAUGCGCUACCGCCUCGUCCGUCUCGCCAACGGCCUCGAGGCGCUUGUCAUUCACGAUCCCAAGACCGACAAGUCGAGCGCCGCCAUGGACAUCCGCGUCGGCCACCUCAGCGACCCCGAAGAGCUCCAAGGUCUCGCUCACUUCUGCGAGCAUCUUCUCUUCAUGGGCACCAAAAAGUACCCUCACGAGAACGAGUAUUCGGAAUACCUCUCCAACCACUCCGGAGGCUCCAACGCCUAUACCGGAAUGGACAACACCAACUACUUUUUCGACGUCUCUCCGGACCACUUUGAAGGAGCUUUGGACCGCUUCGCCCAAUUCUUCCUCGAGCCUCUCUUCGAUCCUUCUUGUUCCGAGCGAGAGAUUAAGGCCGUCGACAGCGAGCACAAGAAGAACCUCCAGAGCGACAUGUGGCGUGGUUUCCAGCUCGACAAGACCCUCUCAGACCCUUCGCAUCCUUACUCGCACUUUGGCACCGGCAACUACCAGACGCUGUGGGAACACCCCAAGAGCAAGGGAAUGGACGUUCGUGACGAGCUGCUCAAGUUCCACGACCGAUACUACUCGGCCAACGUCAUGAAGCUCGUUCUCCUCGGCAGGGAGGACCUUGAUCAGCUCACCAGCUGGGUUGUGGACAAAUUCUCGGGUGUCCGCAACACCGGCCGCGAGCCUCCCCUCUUUGACCGCAGCCCACUCACCCAGCAGCAGCUCCAGAAGCAGAUCUUUGCCAAGUCUGUCCGCGACGUUCGCAAGCUCAAGAUCGCCUUCCCCAUCCCGGACCAGGGCCCUCACUUCCGUUCCAAGCCCGGCCACUUUUUGUCUCACUUUAUUGGCCACGAGGGCGAGGGCUCCAUCCUCUCGCACCUCAAGAAGAAGGGUUGGUGCGACCGCCUCUCGGCCGGUGCCACCGGCGAUGCCAAUGGAUUCGAGUUCUUCCAGAUCUCCAUCGACCUCACCCAAGAAGGCCUGCAGAACCACGAAAAGGUCGUCGAGUCCAUCUUCAAGUACAUCCACCUCCUCCGUACCAGCAACUUGGAGCAGUGGACGCACGACGAGGUCGCGCAGCUCAGCGAGCUCAUGUUCCGCUUCAAGGAAAAGAUUGACCCGGCCGAUUACGCCUCGAGCACCGCAACACAGAUGCAGAUGACCUACCCUCGCGAGUGGAUUCUCUCUGGUGCCUGGCUCACGCGCGAUUUUGACCGCGACCUCAUCAAGCAGACGCUCGACCACCUCACUCCGCAGAACUGCCGCGUCGUCCUCAUGGCCAAGACGCUCCCCGACGGCAGCACGACAUGGGAGAGCAAGGAAAAGUGGUACGGCACCGAAUACUCGAUCAAGCCACUACCCUCGCAGCUCUUGACGCAGACCCCGACCGAAUUUGAAGAUCUGCACCUGCCUCGACCCAACUCGUUCAUCCCGGCCAACUUUGAAUUCAAGGGUCCGCUUGCUGAGGCACAAGGCAAGAAACCUACUCCACGGCCCCAGCUCGUGCUCAACAACGAAAGCAUGCGCGUGUGGCACAAGCUCGACGACCGUUUCGGACUGCCCAAGGCCAAUGUUUUCUUCGUGCUGCGCAACCCGCUCAUCAACGCUACGCCCUCCACCUCGAUCAAGACUCGCAUGCUGAUUGAGCUCAUCUCGGACUCGCUCGUCGAGUACUCGUACGACGCCACGUUGGCGGGGCUCAGCUACAUGCUCGACUCGCAGGAUCAGUCACUCGCUCUCUCCUUGAGCGGCUACAACGACAAGAUCCCCGUUCUGGCACGCAGCAUCCUCGAGAAGCUUGCCAACUUCCAGGUCGACCCUCGCCGCUUUGAGCUGGUCAAGGACCGCGUCAAGCGAUCCUACCAGAACUUUGCCAUCGAGGAGCCUUUCCGACAUGCAACCUACUACACCACCUACUUGUUGCAGGAAAGGAUGUGGACUCCACAGGAAAAGCUGCGCGAGCUCGAGCAGCUCGACGUUGCCGAGGUGCAGCAGUUCUUGCCUGAUCUGCUCCAGCGCAUGCAUCUUGAGGUUUUGGCGCACGGCAACGUGGCCAAGGACGAGGCCAUCGAGUUGUCGAAUCUGGCCUGGAACACGCUCAAGUCGCGCCCUGUCAACAAGACCGAGCUGCUCUCCAGUCGAUCAAUGCUCCUUCCCGAGAAGUGCAACAAGAUUUGGAAGCUGCCCGUCACCAACGCCGCCAACGUCAACAGCGCCAUCGAAUAUUACGUGCAGGUGGGUGACCCUACCGACCUUUCGCUGCGCGCGCCUCUGUCACUCUUCUCGCAGAUUGCCAACGAGCCCGUCUUCGACCAAUUGCGUACCAAGGAGCAGCUCGGCUAUCUGGUUUUCAGCGGCAUCCGACGCGGUGUCGGCAGCCUCGGCUGGCGUGUCAUCGUACAGAGUGAGCGCGAUGCACCUUAUCUGGAAGGUCGUGUCGAUGCCUUCCUCGACCAGUUCAAGGCGACGCUGGAAAAGAUGACCGAGCAGGAGUUCGAAGGCCACAAGCGCAGCAUCAUCCACAAGAAGCUCGAGAACGUCAAGAACCUUGUGGAAGAGUCGCAGCGAUUCUGGUCGCCCGUCUUUGGCGGCACCUACGACUUCCUUGCCAGAUACGACGAUGUUGAAGCGAUCGCCAAGACAACCAAGGAGCAAGUGAUGGACUUGUUCCUGAAGUACAUUCACCCGAGCAGCACAACGAGGAGUAAAUUGUCGGUGCACCUCAACUCGACCGCCUCGCCUUCCCUUCGCUUCUCGACCAAGGCCGUUGAUGCGCUCGAGCAAGCCGUCAGCGCACAAGGACUUGCAGUGCCCAAGGAGGUCUUCGACACGCUGCGCACCCAGCAGCCGGCGAUCGAGGCGGUCAAGGACAUGGCCUCGCAAGCCAUGGCGCAGAACCCAGUGCCUCUCCCAGCCGACGCUGUCAAGCAGAUGUUGCAGCUGGUCGACGGUCUCGCUGUGCAGUUCCCCUUCACCGACGACGCUGCCGCUGCGCCUGCUGCCGACGCAGCAGCCGUCAAGGUCGAGAGCGCCAUCCAGCCGCAAGACGUCACAGACGCGACAGCAUUCAAGGCGCAGCUCAACCCGUCCAAGGCAGCUGUGCCGGCCAGGUCGUUCGAGGAGCUUGCUCAAGACCCAAGCGAGGAAGGAAACGAGCUGGCAAAGAUCGCCGAGGCGGUGCUGGGGAAGACGGGUGCCGUCGCCAUCGACGACAAUGAACCCAAGGCGAAUCUCUGA